AUGGACGGGAUGCAGGACUCCUCCUUCAAAGAAAAGCCUCCCGCCAACGCUUGGCUCGCGAUGGUGAUACGAGCUGAAGGAGGGUUGGAUAGCCCAGGAGGCUCAGCCACUUCCUCACGGCCAGCCUCGCACGCCUCGCCAAUGAGAAAUCUCAGCUCAGCCUCUGGUGGGUUGUACGUGAGUGCACCGGGAAAGAUCAUUCUCUUCGGAGAGCACGCGGUCGUCUAUGGACGAACAGCUAUUGCCGGUUCGAUUGACUUACGAACUUAUGUUUCGUUGUUUACAUCAGCUGAUGGGCGAAUCUAUCUAUCGUUGCCUGAUUUGGGGGUUGAGAAGACGUGGAUGCUUAAAGAUCUCAUCCGAGCCGGUGAACGAUUGGCUGCAGAGUAUCCGAUCGAGGAGGAUCAGGCACCAUCGCUGGAGGUGUUGGUGCCGAUUGCGCGGAAGCUCUCCGGCUCGUGCGAGGAUCAAUGCGGUGUGCAACACCUCGCCAUUUUAGCUUUUUGGUAUCUCCUGCUUGGCGUCGUUCACCGGAAAAGAGAUCUUCUCGCCGUCAAAUGUACUGUACGCUUUAAAUUGCCGUCUUGCGUGGGUCUUGGAAGUUCGGGUGCCUAUUGUGUUUGUAUUGCCACUGCUCUCUUGCAAACUGCCGGCCUCAUUCCGCCGCCAUCGAUUCCCACCGAUGACGAGGGUUCAUUGACGUGGGAGGAGAAAGAUUUGGACACAAUUCGUAAAUGGGCCACCUCAGCCGAAUCGCUCAUUCAUGGACGAGCAUCCGGACUUGAUGCUGCCGUUUGUACCUAUGGUGGAGUCGCCAGCUACAAGCCGGGAACGCGGAUUGAGCAUUUGAAAAAUUUGCCGGAAUUGCGGGUAAUAUUGGUGAACUCAAAAGUUGAGCGAAACACGUCGAGAAUGGUGCAAACGGUGAAAGAGAGACUCAAAAAGUUUCCAUCCGUCGUCGAGGGGAUUUUCACAUCGAUAGACGCUAUCUCUAUUGAGGCGGCAAAGAUCUUGCAUCGACCCGAGGAAAACGGCGAGGGAGGACCGAGUGAGAAUGGCGGCUGCUCCGAGCACGAUCAUCACUCCUUGCAGGCGAAUGUACCCUCGAUCAAGAUGCGCUGGCUUUCCAACGAUGGCGGUCUCUCGUCAGAUGGCGAUCACCACUCGCUACAGCCAACAAGGGGCGGUUCGGUAAGAUCAACAUCAUUGGCUUCGUAUGUGGCAGGCGGGAAACGCGGCUCCUCAGCCUCAGCCAUUUCAGCAGCCUCCGAUAAAGGCGAACUCAUCGACACGUUCACCAAGCUCAAUGACUUGUGCCGAAUCAAUAAUCAAUUGUUGAUUGGGCUUGGAGUUGGACAUCCAAAAGUUGAUCAAAUUUGCACAACGUUAGCAAGAUAUGGAAUUCACCCAAAGAUGACCGGAGCUGGCGGUGGUGGAUCGGUUUUCGCUUUUUUAAAGCCAGACACUCCGCAAACGCUGUUGGACAUGAUUUCGAGUGAGUUGACGAAACUCGGCUACGAGGUUUGGCAACCGCCACUUGGUGGACCUGGAGUGGUUGAGCACACGAGGAAACCCGACUUGUUUCAAAUCACCUCCAAUAUGCUCUCGACACCAACGCCAAAACACAAA